CUUAAAGAUAUGUGAAUUACAUAAAGCAGAGUUCGAUCGUACGCCUGAAAAAUAUUUGUCGUAUAGAUAAAGCACAGCGUGUUACAAUAUGGUUUUAUUGGCUAGGUCUUGGGUAGUCCCGGUUGUGACGUUCCUCGUAUUAUCAGAAAUCCGAGUUUCGUCUGCGGCCCUCGAAUGCAUGAGUUGUCGCAAUUCUCCGUCAAUAGCGGAAUGUAGAAGGACCACCAUUAAAUGUACAGACGAUCAGGAAUGUUUCUUGGAAAAACUCACAACAACUCAAUUGGCUAUAGCCUACACAGCUGGUUGUCGGAACAAAUCGGUUUGUAACAUCAUGGCUGCUCUUGGUUCUCUGAGAGCCGGAAGGAAACGUUCGAAUCUCCUAAACUGUGCAUACUGCUGCGGGACAGAAAUGGACGAUUCCGGACCGUGCAAUGUACACCUGUGUUCAUAAACAUUUCCUAUGUACGUUUUAAAUUAAACUUUGUGUAUUUUCUUUAA